ACAGAGACCCGCCCCCAGGCGGAGUGGAGUGUUAGCGGUCGCUUUAGUUUUGUUUCCUGAACAGUCUACAUUGUUGUAUAAGCACUCGAGUGGUGGAUCUGAAUUAGUGAGCCAUGUCCACUCCUGCCCGACGGCGGCUGAUGCGGGAUUUUAAACGGCUGCAGGAGGAUCCUCCAGCUGGUGUGAGUGGAGCUCCAUCUGAGAACAACAUCAUGGUGUGGAACGCUGUCAUAUUUGGCCCUGAGGGAACACCCUUUGAAGAUGGUACAUUCAAGUUAACGGUGGAGUUUACAGAAGAAUAUCCAAACAAACCUCCAACUGUGAGAUUUGUCUCCAAGAUGUUCCACCCGAACGUGUAUGCAGAUGGAAGUAUUUGCCUGGACAUCCUCCAGAAUCGUUGGAGUCCGACGUAUGACGUGUCUUCAAUCCUGACCUCUAUUCAGUCUCUUCUCGACGAGCCGAACCCCAACAGUCCAGCCAACAGCCAGGCGGCUCAGCUGUACCAGGAGAACAAGCGCGAGUACGAGAAGCGGGUGUCGGCCAUCGUGGAGCAGAGCUGGAGAGACAGCUGACCCCACACACCCUCUCUCUGUUGCUGUUUAGUGGAAAUUAAAUAUUUACUCAUUAUGGGUUUGUUUAAAUUUUUUUUAUGCACUUUACUUCUCGUACAGGAUCAUGGGUUUGUGUUUCUUGUACACGAUUGAGUGAGAAAACCCUGCACGUCUCAUUUCUGAUACACACACGCACGCUUCCCUGAAUAAAAACUCAUGCUGAGGUUUAAAGAAUGAAAUACUGCUAAAAAACAAACCUCACCCAUGUCAGUAUUUUAGGAUAUGAGACACACGGUGGUUUUUUUUCUUAGUCUUUGAUGUGUGUGUGUGUGUGUGUGUGUGUGUGUGUGUGUGUGUGUGUGUGUGUGUUCCAGCUAGCAUGUACAUAAAGAUAUGAUGGAUUAUGUAUGUACAGAUUUUGCACUGGUUGUUGGUCAUUUUUUCAGGACUUGUAAAUAAUGGAAAUAAAAAGCAGUUACACUGAGAA